AUGGCUCGUCAAUUAUUCAGUCUGUUAGCCGCGACAAUACUUUUGUUCCUCUCAAUCUCUCCCCUUACCUUAGCAGCAGACUCUCCGGCCGCCACCGCUUACAUCCAAAAGACUUGCAACGACGCCACUUACGACACCCUUUGCUUGGAUACCCUCCUCCCCAACGCCGCAGACAUCAACGGCAACCCCAAAAGUGCCACCCGUGUGGCCAUCCAGGCCACCAUAGCUAAGGUCCAAUCUGUGUCAAGUAGUUUCGUAAACCUAUCUGAACACCCAGAAGAAUGGACUAACGAAGUGAAGUCUCUUCAUCGUUGUGGUACUACAAUUGCUGCCUCGGUCACACACUUGUUGGAUGCAUAUGAGUUGAUGACCCACUUGGGUGGCGGAGGAAAGGCUGUGAAGGUGUUGAAGAGACAAAGCAUGGCCAACAGCGUAACUUCUGUGCUUAACGCUCUGAAUACUUGCGUGGGUCAUCUUGAGACUUCGAGUGCUACUGGGAAAGAGAUUAGAAGAGCUCAAGAGGCUAUGGAACCACUUGCUGAACUUGCUACUAAUGCUGUUGAUCUUAUUAAACACAUGCCGUUUUAA